UUGCUUCCGCGCCUACCUGAAAGAAGGACGUAAUGUCGCAAAGAGCUGUUAACUGUCGUAAAGGACUCCGUUCCCCCAGCUGCUAUUCACAGACAUGGCCUCAGCUCCAGCACAGCAGCCCACCCUUACUGUUGAGCAGACCCGAGUGGUUCUGAGUGAGGUGAUCCAAGCCUUCUCAGCACCAGAAAAUACCACGAGGAUGGAGGAGGCUCGUGAAAGUGCCUGUAACGACAUGGGCAAGAUGUUGCAGCUUGUGCUUCCUGUAGCCACGCAGAUUCAACAAGAGGUCAUUAAAGCUUAUGGCUUCAAUAAUGAGGGAGAAGGUGUCCUGAAAUUUGCCAGAUUGGUGAAGAUGUAUGAAACCCAGGAUCCAGAAAUUGCAGCCAUGUCAGUUAAACUGAAGUCUCUCCUCCUGCCACCUCUGUCAACACCACCGAUAGGAGGUGCCAUUCCUGCUUCUUAGGACAUCUUCACAAUCAAUGGUCAAUUGCAAGGUUACUCUCAAUUUGAAUUCUUUGGGUCAACAUAAAACAUUGUUUUCAAAAUGUUGUGCAUCAUAUAAUUUCAAGCUCAAUACUGUCACGUUCCAACAUAGAUGGAACUUUUCUUAUCUGCAUUUAGAUUUGAUUGAAAAUGUCCUUGCAAAAUUUUGUUAAAUUAUUGCCUUUAAAAUGUUUCAGUAUUUAUUUGUUAUGACCAUUUCCUUGAAUGCCCUCUUUAAUUUUUUAGUUAAAACAUUUUUAUAUGCUGUCAAAUGUCCCUUUUUGUUCUACAUUAAACAUUUUUUGUGAAUCUUU